GCGCAGAGAGGGGCGGGGUGCGGGGUGCGGGGGCGGAACGAGAAGUCUCGAUCUGGGCGCCCAGCGAGCUCACUGACCCCGGCAGGUGGCAGAGGCAGGAAGAUGGCGGAGCUGCGUGCCCUCGUGGCUGUCAAGAGGGUCAUCGACUUCGCUGUGAAGAUCCGGGUAAAGCCUGACAAGACGGGCGUGGUCACAGAUGGCGUGAAGCACUCCAUGAACCCUUUCUGUGAGAUCGCCGUGGAGGAGGCCGUGCGGCUCAAGGAGAAAAAGCUGGUGAAAGAGGUCAUCGCUGUCAGCUGUGGGCCUGCCCAGUGCCAGGAGACCAUCCGCACUGCUCUGGCCAUGGGCGCAGACCGAGGCAUCCACGUGGAGGUGCCAGCUGCAGAGGCAGAUCGCCUGGGUCCCCUGCAGGUGGCCCGGGUCCUGGCCAAGCUGGCAGAGAAGGAGAAGGUAGACCUGGUGCUGCUGGGCAAGCAGGCCAUCGAUGAUGACUGUAACCAGACGGGGCAGAUGACCGCUGGAUUUCUAGACUGGCCACAGGGCACAUUCGCCUCCCAGGUGACACUGGAAGGGGACAAGGUGAAAGUGGAGCGGGAGAUUGACGGGGGUCUGGAGACCCUGCGCCUGAAGCUGCCUGCCGUGGUGACCGCCGACCUGCGGCUCAACGAACCUCGCUAUGCCACGUUGCCCAACAUCAUGAAAGCCAAGAAAAAGAAGAUUGAGGUCAUCAAGCCCGGAGACCUGGGUGUGGACCUUACCUCCAAGCUCUCCGUGGUUAGUGUGGAGGACCCGCCCCAGCGCACGGCCGGCGUCAAGGUGGAGACCACGGAGGACCUGGUGGCCAAGCUGAGGGAGAUUGGGCGGAUUUGAGCCCCUUCCCUGACACUCAGCAAUAAAACUAUGACCCUCCCGA